GUAUAAUAUAUAAACGCGGCAUUGAUACUAUGGAUGUAUGGUUUGAUAGUGGUGUAUCUUGGACUCUAAUUGAAGGAAUGUUUAAAAGAUCUGGAGGUGAACCCAUCGCCGACUUAUAUUUCGAAGGAAGUGAUCAACAUCGUGGAUGGUUUCAAUCAUCUCUGUUAACGUCAA